UCGCCAUAUGUGCUUUGAUUUGAAGAGCACUGCAAGAGUCUCCGUAGCAUUUUUUAGGGUGCCGGAUGUUGUUUCUGACAAGUGAUUGUCUUCCUUUAGCGCUACUUAAAUCAGACUCACGCUGUUUACUACAAAGCAUCAAAAAGCACUUCUCACCGACCUGAAUCACACAUGUUGCAGUUAGCAUCAAUUCGAUUUAAUUGCACAAUGUUGUUGAUAGUUGCGUUCCACGAAUCUCAUUUGUUGGUCCAGAGUCUUGUGGAAGACCUUGCUAGGCAAGAAGGAGUUUAUGGGAUCAAUAUUAUGAACUUGAGAAGCUCAUUGAUUGAUCAUAUAUGGAUCUUGCUUUGUUUAUAGACGCGGAUUGGCACCUGGAAGCAAUGAGGAAAAGAUGGAACUUGCCUGUGGGAGAAGGGUACUUGAAGUAGAGGAGAAAAUUAGCAUCAGAGUUCAGUUUUGAAAGGCAGAUUCACUUUGGAAAGUUGGAAAAUGGACGACAAGAUGGGGCAUGAGCAAUGUGUGGCCUUUGGGAAGAGUCUCAAACGUUUUGGAGAAAUACUGCAGACAGCGCGGAGUGGCAGUGAAACUGCAGCAAUUAUUUCGGAAGUUCUCAAAAUAAUGAGGGGUUUCAAAGUUAUGGGGAGAGCCUAUGCAGAUCAGCUUGUGAAGAAGGUACAAGAGGUUAGAAUUCUGCAGAAGGAGAAGCAGCUCUUGGAAUGUAAAGUGGAACAGCUUAGCUCUAUGGUGUCUGGGAAACCUACUGUGCUGAAGGAUACUUCUAACGUUGAUCUCAGCAAUGCGGUUAGAACAGAAGAGCAGGCAAAAUUUCAAGGCAAGCUCAAAGAUGGAACUGUACUAGUCAGUCUGCACUUCAAGUGCGAAGAAGAUUUAAACAAGCGAGAAGUAGAGCUGGCCAAGCUGCGGGAAGCGUACACUGCACGCACUUUUGACCUGCAAGAAUGUCGAAAAGAAGUCCUAAAGCUUGGACUACGAUUGAAGAACGCGGAAAGUCAAGCAGCAUCAAAAGAAAAGGAGAGUCUUGACGAAAUCCUUAAGCUGAAAAUUGACAUUCUUAACUUGAAAGAGGAAACAACAGAAGUUCGCAAAGGUGCAGGAAGAUUAGAAGAACAGCUUGGGAAAGCCACAGUCAGGAAUGAGCAAUUUGUUGAGCUGUUGAAGAAGGACUCUAAACAUCACGAUGAGUUGAGGAGACAACAAAAGAAUUUGAAGGGUUAUUUGCAACUGCUGGCCUCGAAAUACUCAUCCACGUGCGAGUCAGAAAAUUUGCAGCUGGAACUUAGAAGCUUGGAAUGUAGGGGCUUGGAUGAAGAUACUACGUCUUAUUUGAAGACUAUUUUGGAGAGGGGUAUCAAACCAGCGAGGUGUUCAGUGGAAACACAAACUAGUUUCAUCCCGGUUUCCCAGAGCUCUAUCAGUACACAGACUUGGUACAGCACCGCUACUGAAGGCACGCAGACAAAUUUUAUUGAUGACCCAUCUGCCCUGCAACCGUAUAACACCUCUGCUAAAGGCACUCAAACAGCAUUGAAUCAAAAUCCAUCUGCCUUGGAUCUGGACUUACCUGCGUUUCAAGGGGACGUUGAUCAUGACGUUUUCCAUGAUCAGUGGGCUUUGAACUUUGGUCCUGUUUCAAAUAUUGAGGCCAAAUCUCCCCUGUAUGUGAGAGAGGAUGUUGCCGUUACAGAAGAUUUGUGGCACAAAGUUGACCAAGAGAAGUGUCUUGAUCAGGUCGGUUCGAAACGGCCAAUCGAGGUAAUAGACCUUGUAAGUGAUUCUGAAGAUGAAAGCGAAAAUGGUCAGGACGCCUUUCAGCACAAGUACAGAAAAUUAAGUCAGGGGCUGGAGAGACUAGGCAAUGUAUUGGACAUUAAUGUUCCUUUCUGUGAGCCUUCAUCACAGGCCAUUUCCAUGGGGAAGAAACAAGAUUCAAGACCACUACAUAUGCGAGAAGAGUUUGCACUAAGAGAGAGCUUUGGCGGCUUUUAUGGUAACUCCAUCUCAUUCUAAUGAGGUGUUCGUUCCUACAAAAAUUUGCGAUCACUUGUUGCAGAGGAUGAUACCCGGAAUAUGAGGUCUCAAGUGCCCAGCUAACACGUUGAAUUGUCAUCAGUUCGCUUUCGCUCAGAGGAUGUAUAGCGAUAUGAAGUCCAGAGGUGGCAACUAUAGCGACAGUCCACUUCGAACCGAACCUAAUCUGGGUUUUAAAUUUCGUUUUUGGACCACCCAUCACCACCAAGACAUAGUUGCUGCUCUUUCACUAGGUCCCUUGCUUGUAAAUAUAGCUGUCAAUUUUUUCUCUAAUUCCAACGCAUAUACUGGGUAGAUUAUGCCUUAAGAUUGUGGUGGCCUAUAUUCUGCAAACAGUUCCAUGCUAGUUUCGUCGCAUAGUUGAGUCAAAGUAGAGAUCUCACUAUGAUGGCUAGUUGAUUGUCCUUUUAAUCAUACACUAAGUUCAGGAUGUCGGGUUUCGGUCUACAAAGAAGGUGAGGAAAGAGAUUUGCAAGGUUGGACAAGCUAACCUGGAGCUGGUGACAAAGUCAUGACGUUAGACAUGUUUCUGGGAAAGUAUUUCAGCCUCGUGAACUCGGUCAUAAAGGAGGCAUUUCGGGGUAUUCCCAACAUGACACAUUCUUUGUGGAGCGUUUUGGCGAGGACGAUUCUAUCAAAUCGGUUCAGCUCGUGCUACGAAUUUCUUUCAUGUGAUUACAAGAUUCAAGCUAGCACUCCCUUAGAAGUGUUGUCUAUCUCUUGACACCAUCUUCUUUCCAAUAGAUGAAAUUCGAUUCUUCGAACAGAAUUUUUUCUCCCUCCAACCGCUGGUGCUCUGUUCGCAUUACUUCUAGGUUUCGAUGCAAUUGGCAUAGCCCACUGGAAGCAUCUUCACUUAUAGGUCAGUUUCUUUGAGCAGCGUUGCUCCAUGUAAAUUUACAUUGAGAUUACUGUUGAAGAGAAGCUUUUUUAAAUUCAU